GAGUGGCCAGUACACUACAGUCAUAUGUGCACACAGUCAUAUGUGCACUUUCACUUUCCAAAAGUAAUUUGAAGUGGUCUUCCGUGCUGGCGGGAGAUCUAUUUUUUUUUUCGAAAAUAACAAUAACAACAUGUUGUAGGCCUACAGCUGAAAACCUUUUGAUUACGUCCAUCGUCCAAACUGGAAUGUAGACUAUUUUCGUCUCGAAUGCUUUUGCGCGCCUAUCGUCUGAAUGAAUCUAUCCACCCUGGGCCUGUAUUGAAUUGUAAAUAGCCUACAAUCAUACUUUCAUUUCUGAAUCUAUAUGUGCAACCCAAUAUGAACCGGUUCGUUAAUUAUUAAACUGUUAAUAAUACUCAGUCAUCUGGUAAAUAUUGCAUUUUUUUUUUCAACAAAGAAAACUGAAUUGAAGAGGUGGACUGCAUUUGCGAUCAGCGCCAAUGGACCCGUUGGAUUUUUUGACAGAUAAGCAGUUACUGCAGUAUUUCCGCUGUAGUAGAACAGAAAUGUCGUGCAUGGAGCAACCACACACCUUUCUUAACCAGCUCAGAGACCACCACUUCAUUCCAGAGAAAAUGCACACGAAGCUGAUUCGGUGUAAGAGUAAGGAGGUGAGGGAGAAGGGUGUGUACCAGGUGUUGGACUGGGUGGAUGCAGAGAGGCCCAACAGCAUCAAGGUGUUCUGGAAAUGUGUGUUCAGGGACCACCUCCUGCUGCAGUACCCCACGUUACGCCUGCUCCGAAACCGCCUGCUGGACGGGUCGUUCACAUUUUAUGAGAAUCUGCCAGAGAAGGUGGAGAAUGAAGAGGAGGAGGAGGAUAAGAAGAAGAAGGGUUCAGCGGAAGGAGAAGAUGAGGAAGAGAAGACAAGAAGGAAAAAGAGGAACCAGAAAAAGAGAAGUGAGAGUGUGGAGGAGCAGCCCAGCACGUCCACACAGUCCAACCCCAGUCAGAAGAGGAAAGUUCAGAGGCCGACCUACUCAUCUCCUUUCAGUAAGAAUGAGAAAGCUGACAUCUGGACCUGGCCCAUCUACAAGACCCAGCUCCCAGUCACCUGUGGGGACAAAGAAGGCACGCUCAACAGGGACAAGCUAGCCAAAGGGAAGAGGUGCAUUGUGGUCCAGGGUCGAUGGUUCACCCCAAGUGGCUUUCAGGAGUUUGGGGGGAAGAAGAGCAGUAAGAACUGGAAGUGCAGUAUCCGCUGUAGAGGCACCACUCUGGGAAAACUGAUCCAGGAAGGCCAUUUAACUUCACCAGACUUUAAAAGAAGAAAGAGUGCACAGGCCAAGAGAGUACUGUUUCUCUCUAACCAAUCAGCGGGCUCAAUCACAGAAUCUGAGGAGAAUGACGAUGAUGAGGAGGAAGAGGAGGAGGAAGAAGCUGAGCAGGAAAAAGAGGAAGUCUUCAAAGUCACAUGUGGAGCCAUCAAUGGAAUGCUACAUAAGGAUCGGUUUGCAUCAGGGUCGUGUGGAAAGAGCAUCCGUACAGAGCUGUGCUGGAUGACCCCGGUGGAGUUUGUGAAGGGGGAGUCAGCUCUGGAAGAUCCCUCCUGGAAGAAAGACAUCCAGUGGGACGGGAAACCACUCAGCGUCCUCAUCGAGAGUAAGAUCUUGGUCAUCCAUUGUAAGUGCAAGCUGUGCAGCUCCACGGCCAAAGACAGGCAUGAUCAGGAUAACGAUGACGACUGCUUCAUCUGUAGAAGCCAGGGCAACUUGAUAUGCUGUGAUGAGUGUCCUCGCUCCUUCCAUCAGAGAUGUCAUCUUCCGAAUGUGGAUGGCGCCAUGAUGGGGGAUGAUUGUCCGUGGAUCUGUACAUUCUGUGUACUGAGGGCCAGUCAGUCGUGGCGCUACCCCAAACAAAUGACCUACCAGGAAGCCUUAACCUGCCGAAUCUCAGACAACCUACUGGAAUGCCAGUACCUCCUGCUGUGCCUAUACCAUGCGGACGAGGACCACAUCUUUGUGGCAGAUCCUUGCAUCCACGUGAGAAACUACACCAGCGUGAUAAAGACCCCUAUUUGGCUGGAUAGGGUUGUGGAGAAGCUGCAGCAGAAUCUCUACCAGUCAGUGCAACACUUUGUGUCUGAUGUGUUGCUUAUCUUCACCAACUGUGCCACAUUUAACAGGGAUAAUGCAGAGUUCCGUGUGAUGGGCGAAAGAUUGAAGGAUCUAUUUGAGAGAGAGUUCAAGAGUACAUUCAGUAUCCAGCUUCAGCAUCCAACUGCACCCAACAGCCAGUAGAGCCUUCAUCAAGUCUGUACUGUUAUCUCACUAUGAGACAACAGGAAAUAUUCACCAUGCCCUGGUCUUUCUAUACAGCCUUCAUACAGACUUGCAUGUACAUUAUUAUCCAUCUAGUCCUUUCAUGAAUUUCUUUCAUUUGUUCUAGCAGUCAAAAUGGGUGUGUGAUGAUAAUUGAAAUUUAAUGAUGGUGAUAACAUUGCAUUUCACACAGUAAAUGUUGCUUUGCUAACUUCUCAUGCAAGAGCCUUAGCAUUCCUCACCUUCCAGGUUCUUACUUCUGGUUAGGCCUCACUAGAUUCAUGUCCAGGGAUUCUAGCGAAAAUAAACUCGUGAAUUUCUAAAACAUUGUA